AUGAAAAAAGAACAGGUAGUAAAGAGUAAAACACUUGCAAACACAAGGAAUGAAGCGAUUAAGUCAUUCCUUACAACAAAGCCAUCCUAUCUUACUCUGCAGCCUAUUCAUGUUUUAAUUCUGUCUGUGUGCUUUAUUAUAAAUAUAAUGCUGCUCCACAUAAUUGGUAGAUUUGGGUCUUCAGUGAUUUUACAGACUGUAAUUAGUGUGGCAGCCUUAACUGCUGCAUUGGUGCUUGGAUAUUUAAUACAAAGAUAG